UUUUUGAUUAAUGUCUGCAGAAAAACCUCACUUAUAAAUACACCCUUGAGAAUAAAAAUUUCGUCGCUUAUAAUGAGAUGUCGCUUAAAUAGAGGGUAUAUGUUAGACAGUUCCCCAACUCACAAUCAGUUGGCUACCAAAUUUUUAAAAAAUGUCUCUAAAAUAGAGGCGUACCCAGUAUUGGGAGUAUCUUAUAGAGAGAUUUCUGGAAAAUUUUGGGUGUAACUUAUAAUGAGAUGUCUUGAAUAGAGGGUAUUAUCCCCCCCCCCCCCCCCAAUGGCCAACCAAAAAUUUUUUUAAAAAAUCUUUUAAAUAGAGGUGUGCCUAAUAUUGGGCGUAUAUUGUAGAGAGGGUCUAAGAUUGGGGUUUACCUUAUAAUGGGGUGUCUCUUAAAUAGAGGGUAUCCCUUCCCUUUGGCCAACCAAAAAUUUUAAAGAGCGUAUAUUACAUAGAGGUGUGCCUAAUAUUGAGAGUAUAUUAUAGUGAGGGUUCCAAGGAAAUUGAGGGUGUACCUUAUAAUGGGGUGUUUCUUAAAUUGAGGGUGUAUUUAUAAGUGAGGUCCGGCAUAUUUUUAAUUUUUUUUCAGAAGUCAUUGAAAAAUGACUAUAAAUUAUUUAUCUCAAAUAAUUGGUUCAGAAGAGGAUGCUUUGCGUUUACUUGUUGCAAUUUUGGCUUGUUAUCCUUUAGCUAUUAUUUACCGAACAUUUAUUUAUAAAUUACCCGAAAGAUUUCAACAUGCAUUUUUUGUGGUUACUGGUAUUUUGCUUUAUUUGUUUUUUUGUGGUGUAGCCAUCAUCCACACAAUUUUUUCAAUAAUUAUUGCCUAUUUAAUUGUCAAUUUAAUUCCUGGAACUGCUCUUUCUGUUGCUGCUGCACAUAUUUUCUUUUUAGGGCAUUUAUUAAUUGGUAUUUGGUUUGUGGAAUCUUCAACUUAUGACAUUACAUGGACUACACCUUUUUGUAUUUUGACGUUAAAAAUGACUGCUUUAGUUAUGGAUGUAUAUGAUGGACAUUUACAGAAAAAAUCAGAGCAGCAACAAUCAAAAACAGCAAUAACGGACAAACCAAAUUUGUUGGAAAUUGCAGCUUUUGUUUUCUUCUUUAGUGGAACGCUUACUGGCCCUCAUUUUUCUUUAAAACGCUUUAGAGAAUUUGUUAAGGGGGAUUAUUUGGAUAAAGAAAGGAAUGAAGUUAGGCAAUCCAGUAUAAUGGCAAGUCUUCAACGUUUUGUUGUUGGUGUAUUUUUUGCUGUUUUGUAUAAAUGGGGGACUGUUUGGGUGCCUGACAGUUAUUUUAAUUCUCCAGAAUUUUUGUCCCUUCCAUUAUUUUGGAAAAUAGUUUGGAAUACAAUUUGGUUUAAAUCAACAAUGUAUCGUUAUUGUGUUGCUUGGCUUUUAACAGAGGGAAGUUCAAUUUUGAGUGGAAUUUCUUAUAAUGGAAAAGAUUUAAAUGGGGAUGAUAAAUGGAAUGGAACUAGAAAUAUUAAUAUUAUUAAAUGGGAAUUGGGAAGUGAUUUUCAAUCGGUUAUUGACUCUUUUAAUUGUUGUACUAAUGAAUUUGCUAAAAAGUUGGGUUUUCAAAUUUUAUUUGGGGGGAAGGGGAGGUGUAGUAUAAUGGCAAGUCUUCAACGUUUUGUUGUUGGUGUAUUUUUUGCUGUUUUGUAUAAAUGGGGGACUGUUUGGGUGCCUGACAGUUAUUUUAAUUCUCCAGAAUUUUUGUCGCUUCCAUUAUUUUGGAAAAUAGUUUGGAAUACAAUUUGGUUUAAAUCAACAAUGUAUCGUUAUUGUGUUGCUUGGCUUUUAACAGAGGGAAGUUCAAUUUUGUGUGGAAUUUCUUAUAAUGGAAAAGAUUUAAAUGGGGAUGAUAAAUGGAAUGGAACUAGAAAUAUUAAUAUUAUUAAAUGGGAAUUGGGAAGUGAUUUUCAAUCGGUUAUUGACUCUUUUAAUUGUUGUACUAAUGAAUUUGCUAAAAACCAUAUAUUCAAACGACUUAAAUGGCUAGGCAAUAAAUAUUAUAGCCAUUUAAUUACACUUUUAUAUUUGGCUGUUUGGCAUGGAUAUCAUUUGGGUUAUUUUAUGUUAUUUGCUUUUGAAUUUAUGUGUAUGGUGGCACAAGAACAGUUAUAUACAUUUAUUGCUUUUGGCCCUCCCCAAUUUCGUCAUUUAAUUAAUCUUUGGUGGGCAAAACCUCUUUGUUGGUUAUUUGGACGUUUAAAUAUUUGUGUUUCUAUGGCUUUUGCUUUUUUGACUUUUGGACUUGUUAAAAAGGAAAUUUGGAUUACUCCAUUAAAAUCAAUGUAUUUUUAUGGUUAUAUAAUUUAUUUUAUUGUCUGGCCAACUUUCUUUACCUUUGUAUUGCGCCCAUUAAUUAAAAAACCAAAAAUUUUAAAAGAAGAACAAAAUGGUAUUAAUGAAGAAAAGAAGGAAAAAUGAAAAAAAUUGGUGGUAGAUUUUAAAAUAUUUUUUAA